GUUUGUUCUCUUUCAACCAUCUGAUCAGUAAAAAAUCUAUGCACUCUCGCCUCUCUUUAAACGCUUAUACUCCACUCACCUAAUUCAGCGCCCUGUAAGAAACAUCGCUAAAAUUGUAUCAUAAUAAACCAAUUUGACUGCCACAAUAAAAUAUGUCAAAUAUUUGCUACUCAUAUAUUUUACUAAAUUCCUUCUAAAUUCUCCCACUCUCCCUGAUAAGCUAACACCCGUUGAUUUAAGAUGUUUUAUUUUGACAUGUUUGAAGAAAGUCUUGUGACAAGCGCAAUAGAAGAUAAUUUGGCAUUGAUAUCAGUUAAAAGGAGUGCUAAAUGCUCUUACAUUCAUAUCUACAAAUAUAUGUAAAAGCAUCAAUAAAGAAAAGAAAUGUUGAUCCAUCGCAUAACAACAAUAAGCAACAGUUGCCCAGAGUUAAUUGCGGCGCCCCAAAAUAAAUAAAAAAUAAAAAGUCAACCAACUCAAUUUAAUGAAUGCUCCACGCCGGUGAGAGAAUCAGCUAUUCAGCCAUUGGUUUUACCAAACAGCCGGUCCCCAAUGAGAGCGAAUGAGAAUCAAAACAAAGUGAGCAAUCGAUGGCGAGAGCAGUAACUAAUGGUAAGUUUGGAAGGCUGAUUGUUUGGCUAGCUGAGUGGCUGAUAGGGUACUACACACACAUAUAUCCGCUUGGGUUGGUUAUUUUGCCGCUGUGAGGAGACCUGCUGCUCAACGUUUCAGCUGUUAUUUUUGACUUUUCAAUUUCAGUCUGAGUUCGAGAAUCUAAACAAAAUGUACGCGUGACGGUCGUUCGACGUGCGCGUAACAACUAAUAAGAAAAAAGAACGUUGAUAAAUUUUAAACAAAGUGGGGAAAAAAUAAAUAAAUAAACGUAAAUACAUAUAAAUGUAUCUGUUGCGAUAGCGCCAAAGUAAAAAAAAAAUUGUUUAAGAAAAUAUUUAACAAAUUUCAGAAAUUCUACUCGUUGAACAGCCGCUGAUAUUACACGAAAAAGUGAAAUUGUUUAUAGAAAGUGCCAAAAUUCUUUGCAGCAGCAGUAAGAAUUGAAAUCAGCAGCAGCAGGAGAAGCCACAAUAAUUUCAACGUGUAAUGAGCUAGAGGAACUGGUUUUUAUAAGUAUAGUGUAUGCUCGGAUUGUAGCCAUGUAAGUGUGCAAUCAAACAACAAGUGGCAAAGUGAUUACGUUGAAAUCAUAAAAAUUUACAAUAAAAAAAAAACACAAUAAAGUAAAAAAAAAUAACAAAGGAAGUUAACUCAUGUGCAGUGCUGCGAGAACUUGAUAACAAAAAAAAAUUACAUAAAAUAAGAAAAAGACGACAUACAAAUCCAGCAACUCCAAGCAGGAAAAGAAGUGCAACAAAUUAACUAGAAAAUUAUAACUCGAAACACACACAACUGUUUACAACAGUUGAUACUAAUACAAAAACAGCAAAUCAACUAUAUUAUAGCCGGCUCACGGUGUACACUUCUGGCACCAGCAUGGCUUCCCUACAGCAAUAUCAACACCAGAAGCGACCAAGCAUCUCAAACUGGUUCUCCUCGUUACGCCGUCAGCCGAAGAACAAGAAAGCCGCCGCACUCCAAACCAAUGACAAGCAUUUCCAACGCAGUUGCAUCGAUCUCAGCGCCAACAGCACCUUCUAUGUACCGCAAGUUGACCUACACGGCGGGUUGGGAGGUGGCGGUCUGACAGAUAAAAAGGGACAAAGUUACUUGUCAAAAGGUGGCACAUCUAUUGACAAUCUACAGGAUGAUGAAGAUGCGACAACUGAUGAUAAGCGCGGUCUGGUUAGUGGCAAACGUGUAUCGCAGUUAUGUUCACGUUGCUGUUGCAGCAGUAAAUAUGCCACAUCAUCGCGUCCAGAAACACCGCAAAUGCGGAAACGUGCCGAUACCACGCCGGCGCAACACGUGAAAACGAAAAUAACGCCAUCCACUACACCAACAACGCCAAUGCCAAAACAAAAAUCUGCGAAAUCACCAAGAGUCGCGCCACCAUUUAUCAGUGUCGCUACGUAUAACAUACCCGCACUCACCGACAAUCCCAUUUACGAAGGUCUCUCGGCGCCCAUCACGUUAACCAAUCGAAGUACCGUGGAGAAGGAGGUUAGCCGUAACGUGGAGGUGACGCAUUUGCCUAGCGACGAACCGAAUACAUUGUUGGUCCAGAAACGUACCGAAUUCAGUCGUUCAGUGACCACCACGACCCAACACACAAUGAUGAUAUCACGUCCCGUCGAGUUGGUCUUGAACGAACGCGGUGAGGUGAUAGCGCGUCGGCCGCAACGUGAGCGUACGAAACAACGUUCUAAUAGCUUAGACAAUGUACUAAAUGAGGAUGAGGAGACGUUGCACGGGACGAGCGGUGAUGGUGAUACCGUUAGCGCGAGUAGUAUGCCUUUUCAUCCACAUCUUGACGGCAUUAGUCCACUACUCAACGUGGUUGGUGCCGAUUUACGUUUUAUUGACGAUAGCUCAACGUCACAAAGUGAAACGGAGCGCAAUUCGCAAAACAACAAGGAAAAUAACAAGUCAAGUUGUAAUGCAACAAUAUCUUUGGUGAAGAAUCUACAAUUGAAUCUCAAUGCGGGCGACAAUGGCAGUGGGAGUGUGAGUGGGAGCGGGAGCGGGAGCGGUAGUAGUGUUAGCUGUGACACUAACGGCUAUGACAACAAUAAUUAUCUCUGUGAUGACUGUCGGAAUGUCUUGGUGCGGAACCGUAACAAUGCGGCGCAAAAUGCGACUGUGAUACUACGCAAUAACAACAAGCAAAUCAAAGAUGAACUCGGCGAGGUGGUAUCGGAAAUGGAGGCGCUGGAUGUGCCCGAAGAUAAUAAACAUUCCAAUAAAGAGAAACAAAUGUCAAUUGGGCGGAAAAAGUUCAAUAUGGAUCCGAAGAAAGGUAUUGAAUAUUUAGUGGAAAAUCGUCUACUUCGACACGAUCCACAGGAUGUUGCGCAUUUUCUGUACAAAGGCGAAGGACUGAAUAAAACUGCAAUUGGCGACUACUUAGGCGAAAAGAACGAUUUCAACGAAGACGUGCUAAAGGCAUUUGUGGCGCUACAUGAUUUUACGAAUUUGAUAUUGGUGCAAGCUUUAAGACAAUUCCUUUGGUCAUUUCGACUUCCGGGUGAGGCGCAGAAAAUUGACCGUAUGAUGGAAUGUUUCGCACAGCGCUAUUGCCAAUUAAAUCCGGAUAUUUUUACCAACACCGAUACGUGUUAUGUGCUAAGUUUCGCCAUAAUUAUGCUCAAUACAUCGCUGCACAAUCCGUCGGUCAAAGACAAACCCACCGUUGAGCAAUUCAUUUCAAUGAAUCGCGGUAUUAAUAACGGUGGUGAUUUACCCCGCGGCCUACUGGAAUCCCUUUACGAAUCUAUUAGAACGGAACCAUUUAAAAUACCACAAGAUGAUGGUAACGAUUUAAUGCAUACAUUUUUCAAUCCAGACAAGGAGGGCUGGCUAUGGAAGCAGGGUGGACGUUAUAAAUCCUGGAAACGGCGCUGGUUCAUAUUGAACGACAAUUGUUUGUACUACUUUGAGUACACAACGGAUAAAGAGCCCAGAGGGAUUAUACCGCUGGAAAAUAUAUCGGUGCGUGAAAUACACGAUCGCAGUAAACCGCAUUGUUUUGAACUGUUUGCCACCGGUGGCGCUGAUAUUAUUAAAGCAUGUAAGACUGACUCCGAGGGAAAGGUUGUUGAGGGUAAACAUUCAGUGUAUCGUAUGUCAGCGGCAACAGCAGAAGAUCAACUAGAAUGGAUUAAACGUUUAACACAAUCCAUUAGUCAUAAUCCCUUCUACGAUAUUUUGGUACAAAGGAAAAAGAAGGCACUUAGCAAAAGUUAGUAUUGUACGGUGGGCCAAAAAGCAAUGUUGACAAUCCAAAUGAUGGAUCUCAGUGCACCUCGCCACCGUAAGAGCGAGGAGGAGAAACAGUGUCUAACCAACUGUCAACACCGACAACGACGACAACGUGCUUAGCUGUUAGGCAGUAAAUGCGCCAUAGACCUGCUGAAGUAUAAGGUGGAUAAAGUAAAUGUGAAAGCAUAGAACUGCAUACAAAAAUAAGCUUUUCCGUGUAAAUGCUAUGCUUGAGGGUCUCAGCGUUGGUGCAUAUUAAGCUGAAAAAGAAGCAUGAAAACAAAAGACUGUGCUUUUCUAAUUUUGGUAUAAAGCCGCAUAUCAGCCCAAGCAUUUUGUUAGUAGCCACGUGUGCGAGAGUAUAAAAGAUUUUUUGUUAAACACUUUGUUUUUACGAAUGAUGGUAUGACAAAACAGAUUGCAGCAGUGUAAGGGCAGAAAGCGAUGAAGCGUUCUUCUAGUAAAGUAAAAGCUGCUGAGACGCAUGUUUUUUUUUACCUUAAAUAAAAACAAAAACUACUUACUUUAUUCAACUAUGUAUAUUUACAUACAUAUAUCUCACACGAAACCAGCUGUAGUGUAAAUAUAAAAAACAAAAAAAGGAAAAAGUUUAUAGUUAAUUAAGCUUGUCGAUCAGUUAAAUCUCCGUAGGUUUUUUUUUUGUUUCACUGUCUUAUAAAUAUUAUUGUAAAUUCUUGAUCGCGCACAAAACGCAGAUGUCUUUAUUGUUGUGAUAUAAUUUGUAAUUUAUGCUUAAAUUUUGUAUUGUAAUAAAUUAGAAAAAAAAAUGUUUUUUUGUUAAACCAAUUAAUUAUAAACAAAAACACAAACUAAUAAUAUAAUUUCAAAUUAGCAACGUUUAAUAUUAAAGUUCGGAGUUGAGAAAAAUCCAAAAACUGCUUAUUAAUGCUUUAUAAACAGCAACAUAUCGUGCGAAAGCUGGACUUGAACAGCUAACUUAUAGCGUAGUUAAGUUUAUUUGUAAUAUAUGAUAACUUUAACUUAUUGUAAUUAAAUGUAUAAUAAAUAUGUACACACAUUUGUAAUACGUAUGCAUGUUUUGUAAAAACAAUGAAUGAUGAAUAUAUGAAAUGCUCAGCAAUAAAUCUAGUUAGACGCACAAACGCAUUACGGUAUUGUAUUAGGAAUGUAUGUUUGUGUAUUUUUAUGUAUGUAUAUAAAACAAAUUAUAAAUAAAGAAUUUCCUUAAAAG